UGUAAAUGAUACUUUUGAAAAAAAUCUGAAAUUUAGGAUUAGAAUACUGUAAAAUCAAUUACUCCUAUGAUCUAUUUCAAUUACCAGUCUAAAAUUAACACAUUUUUUAUGCUCUCCGCCACAGAGUUAUUUGUAUAUGAAGCUCCAUAAAUGGAGCGAUCGCAUUAUGUGGAUGCGGGGAGUUUGGAGUCAUCACUUGUUCAUUUGAUCGACGAUCACAAUCGUGCCGCGAUUGAGCUGCGGAAACGAACUGAGAGAUAGAAAAAAGAUGCUCUUCGGAAUGCAAUAGAUCAGCUCAUGAAGGUCGUUGAUGGUGGCGUGCACGAUAUCUUCAUAAAUGAGAAGCGGAUCAAGGUAGAAAUUCAAGCAUUGUCAGCAACUAUUAUGCGAUUCUCAAAGCAGACUGAUCAGUGGCUCGCAGUGUCUCGUGCUAUGAACACCGCGGUCAAGGAAAUUGAAGAUUUUGAGAACUGGAUGAAGACAAUGGAGCUCGACUCUAAAAGGAUUAGUGCUGCUAUCUGUAACAUUCACCAAACAUGACCUUCAAUGCUGGAUCUUGUUGCAUCAAUGACUAUGACAAUUCCUGCCCCAUUCUUCUCCUUCACAAGGCUCGCCUCGUGAAGGCGAUUCCCAAAAAUUGAUGAUCAAGUUGGAACAAAUACUAGUCAGCUGCAUUUUGAUUGGAACAAAAAUUAAUGUUAGUGGAUUAUGAGGUCCACUU